AUGGAUAACAUGGAUAAAUUUAAUGGUAUGUAUGAAUGUAAAUGAUACUGUACGUUGUGAUAUUUAUGCUUUCAUUUCAAUAUAAGGAUUUCAGCCAUCUAUAAUUAAUCGUUAGCUAUUGCUAUAUUUUUCGGUAUAUGUGACCCUUUUUUUGUUUAACCUUCAAAAGAUAAUCAAUGGCUGACAGACACAGAAACUCCGGCCUCAAAUCCUAAAGGUAAGAGUAAGACCAAAACACCCAUUAUAUUCAUGAGUAUAUCACCAUAUCUUUUUCAGAAAUUCAGUUUAAAGAGCAUUAAUUUUUAUUGUUUUAGAUGAAGAAAAGCCUACCACUGUUACGAAGAAUGUGUCUGACUCUGGAGGUAAGAAUUAAUGUUUCUCAAUGUGUGAUUCAAUGACAGAGACAUCCGAACGAACGAAGGUCUAAUUAUAAUUCUUCAGGUACAGGUGUAUGUACCACAGAAUACCACAAUACCACAGAAUGCCAGUUUUUAUAUAAUUAGGAGGAAACAUGCUAUAUACUUUAUUUUUGUGAAUAUAUAUUAGUUUUAGUCUUAAUGAACAUAUAUAACAACAAAAAAUGGAUAUUUUCAUAAAAAUUCUUAAAAAUAAUCUGGAUUAACAAGAAAUAAAAUUCUAUGUUUUUGAUACUUUUUUCUGCUUAAUGCCCGUAAAAUCUGAACGUUUGGAAAUAAGUUUGCAAACCAGCAUAAUUUAUGUUGAUCAAUACUGUAUGUCCUAAAUUAACCCUUAACCGAUUAGAAUUACUAUAAUCAAUUUUACUAUCGGAACACUGAAUUUUUGAAAAUUACUGAUAAAAAACUGGUAUUCUGUCGUGUAAAUUUUAGUAUAUACCUUUCACUAAAGUUAGCAAUAUUUUUUUACAUCCACCAAUAUUAGAACACAACAUGACACAUCAAAUCCUGGUACAAUUUGAUAAACCGUUCCUUACUUAUUGUGUGCACUGGUAUUCUGUGGUACAUUAGGCUUUUUUCCACAGAAUGUUCAAUUAAAAAAAAAAAUUCUACCAAAUCUAGCCCCGAAAGCCCCCAGGAAGAAAAAAUACAGUGAUAAACUAUACUAAAAAAUAUUAACAGGCCAUAUUAUAUGUAUUUGAAAAAAGAUAUGGAACAUGUAAAUUUUUGCGGUAUUCUGUGGUACAUACACCUGUAGUUCGAAUUUGUUUAACCAGUGUGUUUAACCAAUUCACCGACAACAACAACCAGGUGGUGCCUACUUUGAUACUUUAGUGUCCUUGCCAAAAGAUUUACUCGUUGGUAGAACAGUACUGCCAGUUAUAACAGUGAAUAUAAAUCCAUAGUGAGUAUUUGUAAAUAUUUUUAAUUUUAGAUAAACCCAUGAUAGCCUAUCUUCACAAUUUGUCCCCAAUAAAAAAGAGUCAAAGGGACAACCUCUACUUUGACAUGACAUUACAAACAGAAGACACAACGUACAGAAGUGUAUGCUUCUCUCCAGAAAAGCAUACACAAUUUUUAACAAGAUAUGAAUCCUCGUCGCCCGUUAAACUUUCGAAGUUCCAGCUGAAGAGGAAUACAAGAACAAAUGAAGACGAAGUCCAUAUCAACAAAAGAUCAAAGGUGGACGACACAGAGGAAUCCGAUGUGUCUUUCGACAUAAAAGUUUUGCGGCCAACAGAGAAAUGUAAACCUGGCAUCACUACUGUGUGUGAUGUAUUGCAAGAAGAUACCAAUUCGGUUGUGAAUGUUUGUGGUCGUAUUACCCUGCAAGGUCCAAUACAAACCAUUAUGUCCAAGGGCAAGGCACUACGGAAACAAGAGGCAGUAUUGACGGAUAAUUCAGCAACUAUCCGCCUUGUGCUGUGGGAAAAUGAUAUAUCCAAAGUUUCGUCAGAAUCCACAUAUGAUAUAUCGAAAGUGGUGCUUAAGGAAUACGAGAAGGCAAAGUAUCUUAAAUAA